AUGGACGCUGGAAGAGUGUUAGCUGUAUUAUUCUUUUUAGCAUUGUCAUUUGCUGGGCUCAGUUCACUUGCUGCUAAUGUAGAGCUUGUUUCAAAGACACUGGUGGAUUUUGGACUCAAUCGCAAAUUUGCCGUGUUAAUCGUGGUGAUUUUCGUGUUUUGUGUCGGCUGUUUAAACGCCACUUACAUGGACUUUCUUAUAAACCAGGACUUUGUUUGGGGAUUCGCCUUAAUUAUAUCCGGUUUGGUGUUCCAAUAUUUGGUUAUACGUUAUGGUACGACUCAGUUUAGAUCCAAACUUAUCAAUGAUUACAGUACAGAUGAUUGGUAUCUACCAAAGAUAUGGGAAUGGAUUGUAAAAUACUUGGCGCCGGUAGAAGCAUUGUUUUUAAUACUAUGGUUUGCAAUUAAUGGAAUCACUGACAACUCUGCAUCAUGGUACACUUUUGGAAGAGAGACACUCAUGUCCUGCCUUGUACAGUGGUUAGGAUUAAUACUUAUCCUGAAUGUUAUUAACACUGUUUAUGUAUUCUGGUAUCUGCCUCGUCGGACACCAUAUGACGUAUUGGAUCUACCUGAGAGUGACGCCAAACCAACAAAAUGCGCUAGACCAGCUAACCCCGAGGACUUCAUGGAAACAAAACAUUAACUCAGGGCGACAUAAGAGUACCUGUCGGAAUACGAUACUAACCUAGUACAUAUUACUCAGUAUGGAUUUUACUUUACUAUUUGCCCCUUCCAUCAGACAUUAACGAUUGUUUUAUCGUGCAUUUGAAUUCAUUAUCGCGAUAUCUUGUUUGAAAAGGUAUACAGAGAUGC